UCCGUGUUGGCUGCUGUGAAACAGUCGGUGCAGAAAAGUACAAUAAUAAUAAUUAUUAAAACAUAGUCCAUUAACAGCCUGUAAAAUGAGUCGAAAUUAUAAUGACGAGCUGCAGUUUCUGGAUAAAAUCAGCAAAAACUGCUGGAGGAUUAAAAAGGGUUUCGUUCCCAACAUGCAGGUUGAAGGAAAUUUUUACGUCAAUGACUCGCUAGAGAAGUUGAUGUUUGAGGAGCUCCGUAACGCCUGUCGUGGAGGAGGUGUUGGUGGAUUCCUUCCAGCCAUGAAACAGAUCGGGAAUGUUGCAGCACUGCCUGGAAUCGUACAUAGAUCUAUCGGACUGCCGGACGUGCACUCCGGUUAUGGAUUCGCCAUUGGAAAUAUGGCGGCAUUUGACAUGAACAACCCUGAUGCCGUUGUGUCUCCAGGCGGUGUGGGUUUUGACAUAAAUUGUGGCGUUCGACUGCUGAGGACCAACCUGGAUGAGCGAGACGUGCAGCCAGUGAAGGAGCAGCUCGCACAGUCUCUGUUUGACCACAUCCCAGUGGGAGUCGGAUCCAAGGGAGUCAUUCCCAUGGGUGCCAAGGACCUGGAGGAGGCGCUGGAGAUGGGCGUGGACUGGUCCCUGAGGGAGGGCUACGCCUGGGCCGAGGACAAGGAGCACUGUGAAGAGUAUGGAAGGAUGCUGCAGGCGGACCCCAACAAGGUGUCGUCCAAAGCCAAAAAGAGAGGCCUGCCUCAGCUCGGGACCCUGGGAGCAGGAAACCACUACGCUGAGAUCCAGGUGGUGGAUGAGAUCUUUAACGACUAUGCCGCCAAGAAAAUGGGCAUCGACCACAAAGGCCAGGUGUGUGUGAUGAUCCAUAGCGGCAGCAGAGGGCUGGGCCAUCAGGUCGCCACAGAUGCUCUUGUUGCCAUGGAGAAGGCGAUGAAAAGGGACAAGAUCACCGUGAAUGACCGCCAGCUGGCCUGCGCUCGCAUCACGUCACAGGAAGGCCAGGACUACCUGAAGGGAAUGGCUGCUGCCGGGAACUACGCCUGGGUCAACCGCUCCUCUAUGACCUUCCUCUCCAGACAGGCCUUCUCUAAAGUUUUUGGCACCACGCCGGAUGACCUCGACAUGCACGUCAUCUAUGACGUCUCGCACAACAUCGCCAAAGUGGAGGAGCAUAUGGUGGACGGGAAGCAGAAGACGCUGCUGGUUCACCGCAAAGGUUCCACCCGAGCCUUCCCCCCCCACCACCCGCUCAUCCCUGUCGACUACCAGCUCACAGGUCAGCCCGUGCUGAUCGGAGGGACGAUGGGAACCUGCAGCUACGUAUUGACUGGGACAGAACAAGGCAUGACGGAAACGUUUGGCACCACCUGCCACGGAGCGGGUCGGGCUUUAUCGAGAGCAAAGUCCAGGAGGAACCUGGACUUCCAGGAUGUUCUGGACAAACUGGCAGACAUGGGCAUCGCCAUCCGAGUGGCUUCACCCAAACUGGUCAUGGAGGAGGCACCUGAAUCGUACAAAAAUGUGACCGAUGUGGUCAACACGUGUCACGACGCUGGAAUCAGCAAGAAGGCGAUCAAACUGAGACCGAUCGCUGUAAUCAAAGGCUGAAGAUCCACCAGUCCACAUCCGCAGACUCUUCAGGGCCGAUAGAGGACGUCGCGAUAUUGAAAAUAACACUUACACAUGAAGACAGUCGCUUUGUUGUUGUUUCAGGGGACUUUGAAGGACAUAAAAUGAUCUGAAAAUCUCAGUUGAAAUAUUUUCAGUUUGUGCCGAAUCUGGAAUUCCAAUAAAGAGAAGCCGAGCAUUUAAAGGGGA